AUGUCGCCUUCAAGUAACGCCGGAUCACCUCCCUUCUCUGGCCCCUCCAUUCUCAGCGCCGCGCUUGCCUCACCCAACGCCAUUCCUCCACGAACCUCUUCCACCGGCAACGGCACACUUGGACACAUUCCUUCUAAAUCUGUACUUCGCCCCGUCCCUGAAAGCGACUGGCUCUCACAAAAUCAGAAGGUACCUCAUCGACCCGCCAUCGCAUCUUCGAGCUUGCAGACCACCUCCUUCACCGUCACCAUGAAGCCGCCCCCGCCUCCUGACCCCCACCGCUAUGCGACCCAAGACCUCAACGUCACGAGCACGCGCCCGUGGCCCGAGGAAAAGGAACGAGUUGUUGCCGGUCCGUACGACUACCUCAUUGCUCAGCCCGGCAAAGACUUUCGCUCGCAGGUCAUCAACGCUUUCAACGCCUGGCUCGAUGUGCCCCACGAGAGCCUCGUGGUGAUCAACAAGGUUGUAGGCAUGCUUCACACGGCCAGUCUACUCAUAGACGACGUCGAAGACUCGAGUUCCCUGCGCCGAGGCCUUCCCGUGGCGCACAACAUUUUCGGCGUUCCACAGACGAUCAAUUCGGCCAAUUACAUCUACUUUUGCGCUUUGCAGGAGCUCCAGAAGCUCAACAACCCCGACACGAUCAAUAUUUUCACCGAGGAGCUCGUCAACCUGCACCGCGGCCAGGGCAUGGACCUCUACUGGCGUGAUACGCUCACCUGCCCGACCGAGGAUGACUACCUCGAGAUGGUCGGCAACAAGACUGGUGGCCUCUUCCGCCUCGGCAUCAAGCUCAUGCAGGCCGAGUCGCGCCGCCACGUCGACUGCGUCCCUCUUGUCAAUGUCUUUGGACUGGUCUUCCAGAUCCGCGAUGACUACAUGAACCUCAACAGCAAAGAGUACUCCAACAACAAGGGCAUGUGCGAAGACCUGACUGAGGGCAAGUUCAGCUUUCCCGUCAUCCACUCCAUCCGGACCGACCCGGGCAACUUGCAGCUCAUCAACAUUCUAGGUCAGAAGACGUCAGAUGUCGAGGUCAAGCGCUACGCCGUCUCGUUUAUGGAGCGGACGGGCUCCUUCGAAUACACCCGCCAGGUGAUUGACGUGCUCAUUGCGCGCGCGAGGAAACUCGUCAGCGAGAUUGACGAGUCGGGCACGUUCGGUGCGGGGAUUCAGGUCAUUCUCGACAAGAUGUGCGUGUAG